AUGGCCGACAACCAGAACCCCGGAAACUUCGCCAACCGCCCCAAGGAAGAGGUCCAGGAGAUUGCCUCCAAGGGCGGCCAGGCCAGCCACAGCGGCGGCUUCGCCAGCAUGGAUCCCGACAAGCAGCGAGAUAUUGCCUCCCAGGGCGGUCAGGCGUCGGGCGGUUCCUUCGAGAAGGGUAGCGAGAAGGCCGUCGAGGCCGGUCGCAAGGGCGGAUCUUCGUCCUAG